UACAAACGCUAGUAGGUUAAAAGCUACGAGGGGCCAUAGCCCCUCGGAAGCCGUCCAGGGCGUGGCAACGCCGGAGACUGAAGCUAUAGGCUUGCAUGCUUAUUCCUGCUCAGCGGUUAGUCCCCGUCCAGAAUCUUGGAUCUGUAUGCCCUGCUUCCACAACUCCCAGGCUCCGACUGCCCUGUCCCAAAUUGCUUCUUCGUGGAUCUCUAGGGCUGCAGUCAUACUCUACUACUGUAUGGUGGAAGACAGGUAACAUUAUUCAAUGCCGAGAGAGCAUUCCGUAUGACCCCACGUUAUCGUUUCUGGCUAUAGGCGAUUUGUGGACGAUCUGGUUGUCGAUUUGCUGCAAUGACUACCCCUGCUGGCUACGCAAAUGGUCCGUUCGAACCAUCGUCUGAGUCUGGUCUGACUCCCUCCUCUCUCCAUGUGCAUGACAGUUAUUCUCUUGCACAGAGAGUACUCUUCUCAAACGGAGUUUCCGGUGAUACUCUCGACAAAGGUAGAAGUGGGAUGAUGUCUGAACAGCAAAUGAAUUUCCCCUCUCUCUUUCAGCCUGCUGCAGAACGACCCGGAUUAUUCGUACCUUACAGAUGGUGGGAGGAUGAAGCGACGACCGUCCUUUGGACAUUCGAUGUCCAAGAUAUUGGCCGUGUCAUCAGAUAUGGCCUUUUCCAUGAUCCCAAUUUCCCUAGGAGUGUCUUGCAAAACCGUAACUCAAACACCAUUGACGACUUCCUGAUAGCACUUCUCGAACCAGAAGACAUCCCAUUCAUCGUCAACCUUUCGCACAUCCAGAAGGUCGAAGAAAUCCUGCGUCGAUUCAAAGCAAGCAAACCUGCCCUGGCUCCCUGGGGCUGGUUCCCUGUGCAAGCAAUACAUGAAGCCAACGCAUCUUCAAUCGCUACGGAUAUUGAUGCUGAGAGUCACUUACUCUUCAAGACUAUCUCGUUCGAAGAGUGGGUACGGUAUUCUCUAGGCUACAGUGCUCCUUCUGUGGAGUGGUUCCUUCUUCAACAUACAGCUUUUUUCAUCCAUCUCUCAAAUCAUCUCCAUGCCUAUCCAGAAGAGAUUGAGAAGUAUAAGGACGUCGAGAAGCAUCUUCGUACACGAAGUCCCUUUGCACACAGAGCGUUGGUCCAGUGCCUGCUCAACUUUCACGAAGCAGAUCAGUCGAAUAUAUCGUUCGUGGACGGCCCUGCCUUUGAGUUCAUUGCCGGGCCCAUCCAAAGGAUCUUCAAAGACCAUCCUCCAAGUCUCACGUCAAUCUUGAAGAUGCUUUCAGUCUUGGCAGUGCGCUUCCAGCGAACCUAUAUUCACACUUCGAAGAUGAACUGGAUGCAGAAUUUUGACGUAUCCGUUCCUUUUGUGGAAGAUGUGUUUGGCUCUAUCUCUCCUGCUGACUUGGCACGGACAUUGACAACUUCGGAUGAGCUAGACUUCGCGCGUCUUUCUCGGGGUGAUAUCAUCAAUGAAGGGCCUACUCUCAAACAUCUCGUUGCAAGGUGGCAUGCGCUCGCCACUGCUGUGUGGGAAUGCUGCCUUGCAUUACCGGAUCUGUCAAGCUACAUUCAAGACUGUAUACAGGUCCUCGACACCUUGCGAAAUUACAACUCUGCUACCGCCCUCAUUAAGGGUCUGCGGGACUACAAGAUAGCUGGGUUACAAAGUUCCGAUGUCAAUCUUGCCCUUGACAUUGUCUUAUUUGAACAGUCACUUUCGCCUAGCCUUUCGUAUCUGCUGGAUGCUUCUGAUAACUUUGCUGCUUACAGGCGGCGGGUGCAGGAAGCUCCUGGAAUUCCUUUUCUACUACCUCAUGUCAGAGAGUCCAGGCGGCGUGGUGAAAGUGCCUUGGAUGAGCUAUCUCAAGGACUGCAAGAGAUAAGCUAACUGGCCUGAGUGAGCCACAGUAUUUAUAUCCACUCAAUAUGGGCUGAACAGCCCUUGAAACAGAGAAAGCGCCAGGAUCUCUCGUCAUGAUGUCUUGGCAUCCUGGACAGUUUCCAUGAUGCUUGAUUCCUUCCUCUGACCUUCUUUUUUGCAGUUCGCUUUCAUGGUCUAGCUAACGCCGUAAUGCACGAGUGCUGAACUAUUCCGAUGCUGGUAUGCCGGGGAAGGAUGUUUGCAUUGAUUAUUCUUGAAGAUUGGCGUUAGGGGGGGUUUUCUCUUACGAGUGCG